ACGAAAGGUACCUCCCCCAAAGCCCCCCCUGUUUCCAGGUGAGCGAAAAAAUACCCCGCUUCGGUGCUUCCGUAGCCUUGUCGCUGUUUCCUCCCGCGAGCCAUCCCCGGCUUCUACCGACCCCGCCGCUUCACCGCCGUCGCCGCCGCCGCCAUGAACCAGCCGGUGCAGAAGAACACCCUCUACGUAGGUGGGCUGGCGGAGGAGGUGGACGAGAAGAUCCUGCACGCGGCGUUCGUGCCCUUCGGGGAGGUCAAGGACGUCAAGACGCCGCUCGACCAGGCCACGCAGAAGCACCGCUCCUUCGGCUUCGUCACGUUCCUCGAGCGCGAGGAUGCCGCCGCCGCCAUGGACAACAUGGACGGCGCCGAGCUCUUCGGCCGCGUCCUCACCGUCAACUACGCCUUCCCCGAGAAAAUCAAGGGAGGGGAGCAGGGAUGGGCCGCGCAGCCAGUUUGGGCGGAUGCGGAUACUUGGUUCGAGAGGCAGCAGCAAGAAGAGGAAAUGAAGCGCCUUCAGACAGAGCAGAAUGCAGCAAUGAAAGAAGCAGAAAGGCUUCACAGGGAGAAAGUAGCCGCAGAAAAGAACGGGGAGACGGAUGAAGCAGAUCCCAUGGCCGUGGCGGAAGCUCAGGCUGUGAACUAAAAAGCUCUUGAUAAAUCCGUCGAUGCUAACAUUGGAACAAAUACUGUAUGCAUGUGCAUUUGCCAAGUACAUGGUUUUCAUAGUCGAUCGGUGUAGCUACCUUGCGCGAACUUGCUAGGGCUGGUUGGUAGCUGAUCCCACUUCCUGAAGGGAUGCUUCCGUUCAUUCUGGCCGUGUAACAUGGAAUUUUUGUUAGUAACAUGGAUGUUAUGUGUUUCAGUUA